AUGCAUAGCCGUUCUUUUUCUCACGCUAACGAUGAAAUUAGUGGGUCUGUUAAGUGCCAUACUCUAUACACGCAUAGCCGUUCCUUUUCUCACGCUAACGAUGAAAUUAGUGGGUCUGUUCAGUGCCACACUCCAUACACGCAUAGCCGUUCUUUUUCUAACGCUAACGAUGAAAUUAGUGGGUCUGUUAAGUGCCACACUCUAUACACGCAUAGCCGUUCUUUUUCUCACGCUAACGAUGAAAUUAGUGGGUCUGUUAAGUGCCACACUCUAUAUACGCAUAGCCGUUCCUUUUCUCACGCUAACGCUGAAAUUAGUGGGUCUGUUAAGUGCCAUACUCUAUACACGCAUAGCCGUUCCUUUUCUCGGGCUAACGACGAAAUUAGUGGGUCUGUUAAGUGCCAUACUCUAUACACGCAUAGCCGUUCUUUUUCUAACGCUAACGAUGAAAUUAGUGGGUCUGUUAAGUGCCAUACUCUAUACACGCAUAGCCGUUCUUUUUGUCACGCUAACGAUGAAAUUAGUGGGUCUGUUAAGUGCCACACUCUAUAUACGCAUAGCCGUUCCUUUUCUCACGCUAACGAUGAAAUUAGUGGGUCUGUUAAGUGCCAUACUCUAUACACGCAUAGCCGUUCUUUUUCUCACGCUAACGCUGAAAUUAGUGGGUCUGUUAAGUGCCAUACUCUAUACACGCAUAGCCGUUCUUUUUCUCACGCUAACGCUGAAAUUAAUGGGUCUGUUAAGUGCCAUACUCUAUACACGCAUAGCCGUUCCUUUUGUCACGCUAACGAUGAAAUUAGUGAGUCAGUAAAGUGUCAUACUCUAUACACGCAUAGCCGUUCCUUUUCUCGUGGUAACGACGAAAUUAGUGUGACUGUUAAGUGCCACACUCUAUACACGCAUAGCCGUUCUUUUUUUCACGCUAACGAUGAAAUUAGUGGGUCUGUUAAGUGCCAUACUCUAUACACGCAUAGCCGUUCUUUUUCUCACGCUAACGAUGAAAUUAGUGGGUCUGUUAAGUGCCAUACUCUAUAUACGCAUAGCCGUUUUUUUUUUCACGCUAACGAUGAAAUUAGUGGGUCUGUUAAGUGCCACACUCUAUAUACGCAUAGCCGUUCCUUUUCUCACGCUAACGAUUAA